GGUUCAAUAUAUAUAGUUUUAGUUACUAGCUGUUGCUAUACAGAUGCCUGCAUGAUUAUGGCAAAAUCCAUGACAAAUGUUAAUAUUGCAAUUGUGUUUCUGAUCACUUCAGUAGUACUAACUUUUGAUACAAUUAUUGUCUUGUGCAGUGGAAACAACAAUUCUGGUCACGUGGUUUGCGUGGAGAGUGAAAGACAAGCCCUUCUGAGAUUCAAGCAAGAUCUCAGUGAUCCUUCAAAUCGUCUCUUCUCAUGGGCUGCUGAUCAAUCAAGAGGAGGAGGGGACUGUUGUGAAUGGGUUGGAGUUGUCUGUAACAAUUUAACAGGCCACGUUGAGGAGCUCCACCUUCCAACUCCUUUUGUAGAUUACAGAGAUGAAUAUGAAUAUGAAGCUUUUCAGAGGUCUAGGCUUACUGGAGGUAAUCUAAAUCCAUCCUUGCUGGAUUUGAAGCAUCUAACUUACUUGGAUCUUAGCGGCAACUAUUUUAAUGGGAUUUUCCAAGCUUCAUUGGUUCUGUUAGGAGCUUAAUGUCACGCCCCGCCUAUGGAGGUUGUGCCACGUAGGCGACAUGCAGACGCUAAGGAGGAUGCUACAUGGCGACUGCAUGGCAUGGAAGUUUCUAGAGUCUUUCGGAGUAGUCUAGAGUUAUGUGGAAAAUUCUAGAUAUGUGUAGAAUAUUGUAGAAGUAUGUGGAAGGUUCUAGAGUUCUCCAGAGUUGUGUGCAGUAGUAUGGAGAGUUCUAGAAUAUUGUAAAUACUUGUAGAUAUAUAUGGAAGUGUGAAGAAGGUGGGAGAAGAUAGCCAUCCAUUAGGGAUGGAGAUGCCUAUAAAUAGGAGUGGGACUUCAUUUUGUAGGCAACAAGUCCUGGAGUGAGUCUUGAGAGCCUUGUAGAGAGUUUGAGUGCUAGCCUUGUAUAAAACAUUCUUUGAAGUAAUAGAAGUGUUCUUUCCUUGCCAACUUAAGUGCCUUAGUGUGUGUGAGUGUGCAAGCCAAGUGAGGAGAGGGUGAGGGCCACUACAACGCUAGUAAGCGCACGAGGGGAGUGUGUUAGCUAAGUUGUGCAUGGGAG